GCAUCAAGUGCACGCAUCAAUGAAUCGACCAAUCAGGUGGCCGAAUGCAUUGAUUUGAUCUGUGACGAUGUCGAACCAUCACCAGAAGUUGACAGCGAUCAAACUGAGCGAAAUGCUGUGCGACAAGGAGGAAACCAGCGACGAAAGCGGAAAAUUGUUGAUGGAACGACGUCGGAUGGCAGUGCGAAGAAGAGACGAAAAACGGGCCUACGAUCGACACUGAAAACCGUUCCGGAAUCGACUUCAGAAGUGACAUUGAUUGACCUGACAUUGAACGACAUCGAGGGUUCUGAACAAAUGAGCAGUAUCAGCAGUCAACCAGUUCGAGAGGACGGUGCUGACUCGAACGGAGUUGAAAAACCAAGCGCAUCGACAUCGAACGCGAAACAGGUGGCAAAGAAGAAGGGUGGUGUUGGAAAAAGCGAAGGUGAAUGCGGAUCGAAGGGACAUAAGUGCGCAUUUUGUGGGUUCACAGCCCCAAGUGAAUCACAGCUGGUCAGACACACGCGCACUCACACCGGCGACAAAUCAUUCAAAUGCGAAGUUUGUGCGAGAGGAUUUACUGUCAAGAGUCAUCUCAAAGGCCACAUGAGGACCCACGCGAAUGACUUCCCGUUCCGUUGCUCGAUUUGUCGACAAGGAUUCAAGGUGAAGAAGGCGAAGGAAGCGCAUGAAAAGAGCUGCGAUCAACGUCGAUUCGAAUGCUUUUUGUGCAAAUAUUCAACUUUGAAAAAAUCACAUUUAGUCGUACAUAUGCGCACUCACACCGGCGACAAACCAUUCAAAUGUGAAGUUUGUGCGACAGGAUUUGCUCAAAAGAGUCAUCUCAAAGGCCACAUGAGGACCCACGCGAAUGACUUCCCGUUCCAUUGCUCGAUUUGUCGACAAGGAUUCAAGGUGAAGAAAGCGAAGGAAGCGCAUGAGAAGAGCUGCAAUCAACGUCGAUAUGAAUGCUAUUUGUGCAAAUAUUCCACCUUAUACAAACCAAGUAUAGUCAAGCAUAUGCGCACUCACACCGGCGACAAACCAUUCAAAUGCGAAGUUUGUGCGAGAGGAUUUACUGUCAAGAGUCAUCUCAAAGACCACAUGAGGACCCACGCGAAUGACUUCCCGUUCCGUUGCUCGAUUUGUCGACAAGGAUUCAAGGUGAAGAAGGCGAACGAAGCGCAUGAAAAGAGCUGCGAUCCACGUCGAUUCGAAUGCUAUUUGUGCAAAUAUUCAACUUUGAUCAAAUCAGAUUUAGUCAAGCAUAUGCGCAAACACACCGGCGACAAACCAUUUCGUUGCUCUCAUUGCUCGAAACGAUUCGUCCAAAAAAGUAAUUUAAAUCAGCAUAUGAACCGUCACCACAAUAAAACGAAAUGAUUUUGGUAACGCAUUCAAAAGACGUUCCACCGUCGAAAGAUGUCUAGAGACACGUUGAAUGUAGUUUUUUUGAUUGUAUCACAUUCAGAAAUUUAUGUUUAUCACUUGCUUGUGCACAAAAGAAAAGAAUCUCAUAAAAUUUGUACAAAGAUUGAUGAAAAUCGACUCGAAAAUGUUUCAGUUUAGUUUAUUUGAUAGAAUAAAAAUCGAAUUGGAACAAAGUUCCAGACACAGAAAUAUCCAAAUCGAAGAAUUACCACAAAAAACAUUUAAUACGAGUGAAUAAAAUGAUAGAAAUGAAAGUAUAAA